UUUAUUGCUAGAGAAGAUGGAACAUGAUGACAUUUGUAAUAAAACUCUGAAGAUUACAGACUUUGGUCUGGCUAGAGAGUGGCACAGAACAACCAAAAUGAGUGCAGCAGGGACUUACGCGUGGAUGGCUCCAGAAGUUAUCAAGUCCUCCAUGUUUUCUAAAGGAAGUGAUAUUUGGAGGUCCUGUCCAGUCUUGUUGCUGUGAUUUUAGGUAUCUGAGGGGGUAUGCUUUGGUGCAAUUAUUUUAUAUUCUGCUGCAACAUUAGUUUACAUUUUUGGAACCUACAGUAUUUCUCUUCCUCGCCUUCUCUCCUGCACGCCUCUCUUGUAAAAAUUUAUGGAGUGUUGCUGUGGGAACUGCUUACAGGAGAAGUUCCUUACCGUGGCAUUGAUGGCCUUGCUGUGGCUUACGGAGUUGCUGUCAAUAAGCUUACUUUGCCCAUUCCAUCCACCUGCCCUGAACCAUUUGCAAAACUAAUGAAAGAAUGCUGGGAGCAGGACCCUCAUAUCCGACCAUCGUUUGCCUUAAUUCUUGAACAGCUUACUGCCAUCGAAGGGGCAGUUAUGACUGAAAUGCCUCAAGAGUCUUUCCAUUCCAUGCAAGAUGACUGGAAAUUGGAAAUUCAGCAGAUAUUCAAUGAAUUGAGGACCAAGGAAAAAGAGCUUCGAUCACGAGAAGAGGAGUUGACAAGAGCAGCUCUUCAGCAAAAAUCUCAAGAAGAAUUACUUAAGCGCCGUGAGCAACAGUUAGCAGAACGUGAGAUCGAUGUACUGGAACGUGAGCUGAAUAUCAUGAUAUUCCAGUUAAAUCAAGAGAAACCCAAUGUAAAGAAGAGGAAGGGCAAAUUUAAAAGAAGCCGCUUAAAACUUAAAGAUGGACACAGAAUUAGUUUGCCUUCAGAUUUCCAGCACAAAAUAACAGUGCAGGCAUCUCCCAAUCUGGAUAAGAGGAGGAGUUUAAACAGUAACAGCUCUAGUCCAUCAAGUAGCCCCACAAUAAUUCCUCGUCUUCGAGCUAUACAGUUGAUUCCCAAAACAGAUACACACACAACUAAUGGCCGAAGAAACAGUGUAUAUGUGUACCAGCAAGAUGUAGAUAUCACAAGUGAAUAUGAACUUCCCAGUGGGGUUAUGAAAAAAGGCAAGAUUUCAUUACAUUUCAAAGUAACUUCAGAUGAAAGCAACAGAACUUGGGGAAGGAGCACAACUUUUCACCAAGAAGAGUUUGAAGAUGUGAAAAGAAGUUUUAAAAAGAGAGGUUGUACAUGGGGACCAAGUUCAGUUCAAACAAAGGAUCGUGCAGAUUGUAAGGACAAAAUAAGACCCCUUUCAGAUGGCAGCAACCCUUGGUCAACCCUUUUAAUGAAGAAUCAGAAGGGUGUUCCCUUAGCUUCACUAUUUGUGGACCAAGGUAUCUGUACUGAUAAGAAACUUCUCCCUGAAGGUUUGGACAGUAAAAGACCAAAGCCAAUUAAAUUGCCGAAUCAGGCCUAUAUUAAUCUACCUCUUUGGAAAGAUGAUCAGGGCGAAAAUACAGUGGAACAUGAAAGCUUCGAAGAAGGAACCUCUGCUAGUUCUACAAAUAGUACUCCUCAAAUGACACCUACAAACAGCCUAAGCAGGACACUGCAGAAAAAGAAGACUGAUUCAGUGCUGUAUGGAUGUGCUGUCCUCCUUGCAUCUGUUGCCCUGGGCUUAGAUAUCAGAGAGCUGAACAAAUCACAGGGUCCAGAUGAACUCUUGCCUAAAGAUGAGAAGAAGAAGCGUGAUGGAAUAUUUCAUCGUGCGUCAAAAUUUCGCAGGAGUGCCAGCCCUGCACGAUUGCAGUCCAAGAAAGAGGAAACAAGUAUUCCAUCCCUAAAUCCAGCUGCAAAUACUGUGAAUCUUCUCUCUAUGCCCUCCAUUUCCACAAAAUGCCUACUUCAGUCUGACAGUGAAGAUGCUCUUGUAAGCACCGUUCUUGGUGAUUGUGGCCCAUGUAGUUCCACUGAUGACUUUUCAUCUGAAACUUCUGAAAGUAAGAGAGAACAGAGGUUGCAGCUGGCUCCUAACACAGUUUCCACACGAUUAAAAAAUCAGCCUUUUAAUCUUUGUCUGAAUCAAGAAUCUCAAAAUGUGCCAAAUGAUUCUUCAAAGUUAAGUGUGUUGGGUCACAGACGAACCCUAUCAGAUGGGAACAAUUUUCAGACCACAGCUAAUGGAUUUGCUUCAACCAAUGAUGUCUCCACAUUACCAGUUCUAUCAGUUACUGGAACUCUGCACUCUCGGUCUGUUCAGCAAAGAAGCAAUCACAGUGGUGUUUCAACUGAAAAGCAAAGCGCUAUCAAUAUUAUAUCAAGGCCUCGACCUUCUUCUCUAAGAAAUAAAAUCGAUGCAUGGCAGAUUAUUCCACGUAUUAUUAAACCAAACUCUAAAGACACUGAAUAUUUAGAGGGCAGUGUGGAUCCAGAUGUUAACUGCUUGCCAAAUACUGAGGAAAGAACUAACUGCCACAUGCCCUCAUUACUUGAUAUUGAUGUGGAAGGUCAAAACAGAGACUGUACUGUGCCUUUAUGUAGAAUGAAGAGCAAAACUUGUCGGCCAUCUAUAUAUGAACUGGAGAGAGAGUUUCUGUCAUGAAUGCCUUUCAUUUUAAAAAUGUUUGCUUUUUAAAGGGGAACAAAUAUAAAAUUCUUGUCCUAAUGCUUUGUGCUGCUGUUUUCUCAUGUACUGUGACAAAUAGUACCAAAAUUAUUAAAAUGGGCAGCUAAUUAAGAAAGUGUAGUAGGUGCCUUUUUCAAACGUUCCUUGUAAUCCCAGCUAGUAACUCCAAAAGCACAGUGCUGCACAAUAGUAUUCCAGGUGAACUUCGUAAACAUAUUUUGAAUUACUAAAUUACAUGC